AUGGACGGGAAGUCCAUGCUAGGCUGGGAUAUCCAGAGACUCAUGCCAAACAUCGCAAGAAAUGGCCUUGCGACCGUGUUAUUGCUGGCAUUGCCAUCCAACGUGCUGCUGCACCUCAAGCAGGUGAGAGGAAACAGCUCAGCUAAGUUUCUAGUAUUGUUUAUUGUUCUGCAAUACGUCGAGUUAUGA